UAUCUAUCUAUCUAUCUAUCUAUCUAUCUAUCUACCUGUUCUGUCUGUUGGUGCAUGCUGGGAGUGUGAGGGGUGUGUGCUGCUGCAGGAGGGGUUGUGGAGAGAGUAGAAUGACGUGUUAGAGAAUGCACUCUCUAGACACGGGAAAAUUGUUUCGAGUCCGAAGAGAAUCCCCUUGGGGUGUAAAUCUCCGAAGCUGAAACACAUCGUUUCUUUCCGCAGGCAAGUUAACAUGAUUUUAAAUGACAUGAGUCAGGAGUUAAACGUAGCCCUCAAAUUUAAAAUAGACGAGAAUAGUUAUAUUAUCUUUGCGACUACAGAUGUCAUGAGGUGUUUUGGUUGUGGGAAAGAGGGGCAUGUUGUUAAAAACUGUCCUGAAAAUGAGGCUAGCACGGCGGAACAGGACAAGGGGAAAAAGAGUGAGCAUAAAGAAACAGAGAGGAGAGAGGAGGGGAAAGAAAUUGGGAACGACUCUAAUAAUUCUGCAGAUGCAGGUAACGAAAGUAGCCGACAGACAGAAACUCAGGGGGAUGAGAGACUGGAACAAGAAGCUAGUACUGAGGUGAAUAUAGGAGAGCUGGCAGUGACUGGAAAACAGAGCAGAGAGACGGCAACAACUAGCGCUGAAAAACAGUCAGCUCUUGAUGUAGACAGCGCUGUGGAAGCAGGUUGCAGUAAAAAAAUGCAGUAUACGUCUGAGUCUGUAGAGCUCAAACAAACUGAGAGUAAUGUUAAAUCUGUAGAGGUCAAACAAACAGAGAGUGUGGUUGAGGCAGUAGAGUUAAAUCCAACAGCAGGUGAAGAAAGUAAAAUAAAUUCAGUAUUAGAAAAAAUGGAUGUAGAAACGGUAGAGGAAAAGUUUAAGUUCAAAACUCCAAAAAAGAAAAGACAGAGGAAACGGGAAGAUGAUGAAACUGCAAAGAAAAGAGCUAAUGUUAUUGAGGAAAGUGAAGCGGCGCCUGGGAAGAGUAAAACAACAGUGCCGUGGAGUGUUAGAGUUGCCAGCAAAACUCCUGAAGAGAGCUCAGAGAUAGACAGUGAAGAGGAGGCAGUUUUGACUGACUGUUCCCAAACAUCAGACUCGGCUCUCUCUGGAACUGGCUACAGUGUCAGUAACAUAAAAGAUUUUUUGGAAAUCACGAAGGGUAGAAGAGGGAUUAAUAUUGAGGACCAUUUCCCAAAUAUCUCUUUGUUUUUAUUAGCGGCACGUUUUACCUCACAGAAAGCGUCAGGCUCCGACCUCACUGAGCAGGAGCGUUGGCGUUUAAAAAACCUGAUCGCUAGAGUCAGUAAACAGUUAAAAAAAAAAACCUAGUGAUUAAAUGGAUUGGAAUUUCUUUACCUUCUUGUCAGUGUGUCUGGUUCUUCUUUUUCCAGUUUCCUUCCUUCCUUUUCACACUAAAAUGAAUUUGUUCACAAUUGGGUCUUUAAAUAUUAAUGGGUGCAGAGAUGAGCUGAAGAGAGCUGCUUUAUUUGAAUACCUUGAUCAGAAAAAAUGUAAUGUUGUUUUUUUACAAGAAACACACACUGAUUUUAAUAACCAAGUCGACUGGGUUGGUGACUGGAAGGGGGACGUGUUUCUUAGUCACGGCUCCAAUGUAAGCGCUGGGGUGGCCAUGCUGUUUUCAAAAGGUUUUGUUCAGUCUCCCCCUGUUGUUACUGAAGUAGUGAAAGGGAGAUUGUUAAAAGUUGACUUAAAGAUAGGGGAAAACAUGUUUGUUUUUAUAAACAUAUAUGCCCCGAAUGAUGGACGA